AUGACAAACAAAAAUGAUAAUAAUAAUAAUUCAAAGUUAAACGAGAAUUUUAAAAAGAUCAACUUUGUCGAUGACGAUGGUGACGAUAAUUCAAGCGCUGAUGACAGUAGUGAUCUAGAGUUGGAUGUAAACAAUGAACUGACUCAAGAAGAGAAAGAUAAUUUACUUUACAAUGAAGAUGAAGAUGACGAAAAUGAAGCAUGGGUAGAAAAGAAUUUAAAAAAGUCUGGUUCAAAAUCAGAUGCAUAUCUAAGUUGUCCAUGUUGUUUCACAUUGGUUUGUGUUGAUUGUCAACGACAUGAUACUUUUAAGAAUCAAUAUAGAGCAAUGUUUGUCAAGAACUGUAAAAUAGACUUUUCAAAUCGAUUGCUAUAUCAAAACGAUGAUGGUGAUGAUACUCUAGAUGAAAAGCAACAAGAAGAUGAUGAAGAAGAGGUGGAUGAUGAACAAGAAGAAGAUGAUGAUAACUACAAUGAAGAUGUUAAUACACCCAAAGAAGAUAAUACAGCCAACAAAAAACAGGUGGAUACCGGUACUACCAAACGAAAUAAGGAAUAUUAUCAUGCAGUACAUUGUCAAAUAUGUUCGACACAAUUGGCAGUUUACGAUCAAGAUGAAAUAUAUCAUUUCUUUAAUGUAUUUCCUUCGAAUUCUUAA